AUGGCUGACAAUAUGAAAUAUGACUCCGAGUCGGACGACGAUAACUUCAAUCCCGCCCCGGCGGAUGUCUCGGACGAUGAAGAGACAGAGAAGAACACGGCACGACGCGGCUCUGAUGACGAAGGCCGUCCGUCGAGCUCAGACCGAAAAGCCACCAGUCCAGCUCAAGCCGACAGCGAUGCCGAGGAUCAGGAUGACGCCGCUGGUGAAGAAGAAGAGGAAGAUGAAGACGAAGACGAGGAUGACGAGGAGGAAGAUGUCCGCGCUGGUCAUCGCAGGAAGCGCCAAAAGGAUCGGAGGGCUGCUUUCUUCGAUAUCGAAGCCGAAGUAGACGACGAAGAUGAAGGCGAAGACGACGAAAAGGAUGGCGAGGAGAUACUGGGAGACUUCAUCGACCACGACCCAGAAGAUGUUGCGGAGCCAGGUCGGAUAGACGAUGAUAGGAGGCAUCGUGAUCUUGAUCGCCAGCGAGAGAUGGAGUCCAGUAUGGAUGCUGAGAAGCAAGCUGAAAUCCUUCGGCAGCGCUACGGCAACCGUCGCCGGGCUGGCGGUUUGGGCGACUCGGCCGUGGUGCCCAAGCGUCUCCUCCUCCCCAGCGUCGACGAUCCUCAUAUUUGGGCAGUUCGCUGUAAGGAAGGAAAGGAGCGAGAGGUUGUCUGGUCCAUCAUGAAGCGCAUUGAGCAGCGCAUGGGGACUAAGGAGGAGCUGAGCAUAACGUCGGCCUUUGAGCGCGGUGGGACAGCGUCCGUUAUGAAGGGCUACGUCUACGUCGAGGCCAACAGGUCUACGGAUAUCAUGGUUGCGCUGGACGGUUUGCUCAACGUGUACCCCCGCACGAAGAUGCUCCUCGUCGAGAUCAAGGAUAUGCCAGAUUUGCUCCGGGUUCAGAAGACCCCAGAGCUCAAGGUUGGCGACCAUGUCCGUCUCAAGAGGCCCCCGAGAUAUGCGGGUGAUCUUGCCGUUGUCAGAAAUGUAACAGAAAACGGGCUUGAGGUUCAAGUAGCUUUCCUCCCUCGUCUGGACUACGGUCAGCGCGAUGAUGCUUUCACGAAAACCGAAGAUGGCAAACGGAAGCGUUUCGCGCCUGGUCCGCGUCCGCCUCAGCGACCCUUCAACGAAUCCGAAGCGCGCAAGCAUGACGCUCGUCUACUUUCGGGAAGCCUUGAGCCCGGUGUCUUUGACUACAUGGGUGACCACUUCGAGAAUGGUCUGCUUAUCAGAGAUUACAAGAUUCAGCAACUGCAAACUAAGGAUGUCGUUGCUACUCCCUCUGAGAUCAUGCUCUUUGCACAAGUUGCCCAGGACGGAACAGAACACCUGGACCUGACGCCACUUGCGUCCAGCCUGGAAGACACCAAUGUCACCUAUUUGCCCGGCGACUCUAUCGAGGUGUACGAUGGCGAGCAAAAAGGUGUUGUCGGAAAGGCAGUCAACGUGCAAGGGGGUGUUGUCACGCUCAAGGUCACGGAAGGCGACCUUGCUGGGCAAGUUAUCGAGGUUCCUACGAAAGGUCUCCGCAAACGCUUCAGAAUCGGUGAUCACGUCAAAGUGGUGGGCGGCUCUAACAAGGGCGAGGUCGGUAUGGUGGUACAAGUCGAAGAGAACCGGGUUUCGAUCGUCACGGACCAAACCAAAGCAACGCUCACGGUAUUCAGCAAAGAUCUCAGGGAGGCCAGCGACAGCGGUGGCCAGGGAUCUAUCGGACAAUAUUCGCUUCAAGAUCUUGUCCAGUUGGAUGUCACAACCGUGGCCUGUAUUCUGAAGAUUGACGGCGAGAACCUGACGGUUCUUGAUCAAAAUGGAGAUUCUCGACAGGUGCCGGUUUCGCAGAUCGCCAACAGAAUACCUCCGAAAAAGCUUGCGGUCGCUGCGGACCGCAACGGCGCGGAAGUAAGGCUUGAUGAUGUUGUCAAGGAGAUUGUUGGACAGAGACGUCAAGGAAAGAUCAUUCAUAUCCACCGAGGCUACUGCUACCUUCAAAGCGACUCCGUCAAGGAGAACUCGGGCAUUUUCGUGACCAGGGCCAGCAACGUGACAACCGUGGCAGCCAAGGGCGGCCGAGCCAACAAUAACUCGUUGCCUGACCUGACAGCGAUGAACCCUGCCUUGAAGAGGAAUCCCAGCGGAAUGCAGGCACCUCAACCUAAGCCACAGCUUGGACGUGAUAGGGCGCUGGGUCAAACCGUCAGCGUCCGCAGAGGUGGUUACAAGGGCUUGCUUGGCAUCGUCAAGGAUACCACGGAGACGCAUGCACGUGUGGAACUGCACACCAAGAACAAGAUUAUCAUGGUUCCCAAGGCCGACUUGGUCUUCAAGGACAAGGUUACUGGUCGUCCCAUCGAUAUAUUCUCUAGGGGUGGUAUGGGAGGUCGUGGGGGAGGCAACGCUGGUAACAGAGGAGGAGGCUUCGGUGGCAGCACCAGUUACGGCGGUCGCACACCAGCUGGGGAUGGCGGCAGGGGAGGUCGCACGCCAGCUUGGGAAUCCAGCUCUUCUCGCACCCCCGCGUGGUCGCGAGCUGAUGCUGGAGGGCGUACGCCGGCCUGGCCCAGCGCUGACGGAUCGCGGACUGUCAACCCGUACGACGGGAGCCGCACCGCUUACGGCAGCGGAUCCCGCACACCCGCAUGGAUGUCCGGAUCCAAAACACCUGCUCCUCACGACUCGUUCUCAAGCAAUUCCGCCUGGAGCUCUGGGGCAAAGACGCCAUAUGGUGCAUCUGCGCCGACGCCGGCUGCCAGCAACAAUGACACUUGGGGUUACACGCCGGGACCGAGUGGUUCGUCCAAUGCUUACGAUGCGCCUACACCUGGUGCAGGUCUGGGAGCCCCCACUCCAGGUGCAUUGGAUGCCCCCACCCCUGGUGCUUAUUCGGCUCCAACCCCAGGAGCAAUGAGUGCUCCAACGCCAGCGGCCCCAUGGCAAGGAGGUUGGGGUGCGGAUUCGGCACCAACGCCUGCCGCUGCUGCGCCUACACCGGGUGCAUCUGGCGGCUACUACGGCGCACCAACUCCGGCGGCAUACGGCGCACCGGAGACACCAGCAGCCAGUGGACCUCGGUACAUUGAUGACGAUGAGUGA